AUGUCACCAGCUGCAUUAGGGAGUCAGCCAGUCCUCUGCAACUCUGAAACCAAAGAGGAAGUGAGCAAAUGCUGUUGGGAAGAUGGUGCCAAUAGGUUGGCUCAAUGCAAGGUUGCCACAAACCCUCGAUUUGUAAAAAGCACGGUAAGUGUAAAAUGGGGACUGCUAGUAACGUUUCUGAACGUCUCACCAGGCCACCGAGCUGUGUACAUCGGUGUUCACGUUCCGUUUAGUAAAGAGAGUCGCCGGCGUCACAGGCAUCGCGGACACAAGCAUCACCACCGGAGGAGAAAGGACAAGGACUCGGACAGAGAGGAUGGACGGGAGUCUCCUUCUUACGACACGCCAUCCCAGAGGGUGCAGUUCAUCCUUGGCACUGAGGACGACGAUGAGGAGCACAUGCCCCACGACCUCUUCACGGAGAUGGACGAGCUGUGCUACAGGGACGGGGAGGAGUACGAGUGGAAGGAGACGGCCAGAUGGCUGAAAUUUGAAGAGGAUGUUGAAGAUGGUGGUGACCGGUGGAGUAAACCUUAUGUGGCAACUCUUUCUUUACAUAGUCUUUUUGAGCUGAGAAGUUGCAUCUUAAAUGGAACAGUCAUGCUGGAUAUGAGAGCAAGCACUCUCGAUGAAAUAGCAGAUAUGGUACUGGACAACAUGAUUGCCUCUGGCCAGUUGGACGAGUCCAUCAGAGAGAAUGUCAGAGAAGCCCUUCUGAAGAGGCACCACCAUCAGAAUGAGAAGAGGUUCACCAGCCGGAUCCCCCUAGUUCGAUCUUUUGCAGACAUAGGCAAGAAACAUUCUGACCCUCACUUGCUUGAAAGGAACGGUAUUUUGGCCUCUCCACAGUCUGCACCUGGAAACUUGGACAAUAGUAAAGGUGGAGAAAUUAAAGGUAAUGGAAGUGGAGGAAGCAGAGAAAAUAGUACUGUUGACUUCAGCAAGGUUGAUAUGAAUUUCAUGAGAAAAAUUCCUUCAGGAGCGGAGGCAUCCAAUGUUCUGGUGGGAGAGGUGGAUUUUUUAGAAAGACCUAUAAUUGCGUUUGUGAGACUGGCUCCCGCUGUUCUUCUCUCAGGGCUAACCGAAGUCCCCGUCCCUACAAGGUUUUUGUUUCUGUUAUUGGGGCCUGCAGGCAAGGCUCCACAGUAUCACGAAAUUGGAAGAUCAAUAGCCACCCUCAUGACAGAUGAAAUUUUUCAUGAUGUAGCUUAUAAAGCAAAAGACAGAAAUGACCUCUUAUCUGGAAUUGAUGAAUUUUUAGAUCAAGUGACCGUCCUACCUCCAGGAGAGUGGGAUCCUUCCAUACGCAUAGAGCCGCCAAAGAGUGUUCCAUCUCAGGAAAAGAGAAAGAUUCCUGUAUUUCCCAAUGGAUCUGCCCCCAGCUCUGGUGACGCCCCGAAGGAGGCAGCGCACCACGCGGGGCCCGAGCUCCAGAGGACUGGACGGCUUUUUGGUGGUUUGAUACUUGACAUCAAAAGGAAAGCACCUUUUUUCUUGAGUGACUUCAAGGAUGCAUUAAGUCUGCAGUGCCUGGCCUCGAUUCUUUUCCUAUACUGUGCCUGUAUGUCUCCUGUAAUCACUUUUGGAGGGCUGCUUGGAGAAGCUACAGAAGGCAGAAUAAGUGCAAUAGAGUCUCUUUUUGGAGCAUCAUUAACUGGGAUUGCCUACUCGUUGUUUGCUGGGCAACCUCUCACAAUAUUGGGGAGCACAGGUCCAGUUUUAGUGUUUGAAAAAAUUUUAUUUAAAUUCUGCAGAGAUUACCACCUCUCCUAUCUGUCUCUGAGAACCAGUAUUGGUCUGUGGACCUCCUUCUUGUGCAUUGUUCUGGUUGCAACAGAUGCAAGCAGCCUGGUGUGCUACAUCACGCGGUUCACCGAGGAGGCUUUUGCAGCUCUCAUCUGCAUCAUAUUCAUCUACGAGGCUUUGGAGAAGCUCUUCCAUUUAGGAGAAACAUAUGCAUUUAAUAUGCACAACAAUUUGGAGGAACUGACCAGCUACUCAUGUGUGUGUGUUGAGCCUUCUAACCCUGGCAAUGAUACUCUGAAGACGUGGGAGGAACAGAAUGUGACAGCCCGCGACAUUCCCUGGGGGAACCUCACUGUGUCUGAAUGUAAAAUCUACCAUGGUGCAUUUGUAGGAUCAGCUUGUAGUCUCCAUGGACCUUAUAUUCCAGAUGUGCUCUUUUGGUCUGUCAUCUUAUUUUUCACAACAUUUUUUCUGUCUUCAUUCCUCAAGCAAUUUAAGACCAAGCGCUAUUUUCCUACCAAGGUGCGCUCGACAAUCAGUGACUUUGCUGUAUUUCUCACCAUAGUAAUAAUGGUUGUAAUUGACUACCUUGUAGGAGUUCCAUCUCCUAAACUUCAUGUUCCUGAAAAAUUUGAGCCUACUGAUAAAAAUAGGGGCUGGAUCAUAAGCCCGCUGGGAGAGAACCCUUGGUGGACCUUGUUAAUCGCGGCCAUUCCAGCUCUGCUAUGCACCAUUCUCAUCUUCAUGGAUCAGCAGAUCACAGCGGUGAUCAUCAACAGAAAGGAGCACAAGUUGAAGAAAGGAGCUGGCUACCACCUUGACCUGCUCGUGGUUGGUGUCAUGCUGGGAGUGUGCUCUGUCAUGGGACUUCCAUGGUUUGUGGCUGCAACGGUGUUGUCAAUAAGUCAUGUCAACAGCCUAAAAGUGGAAUCUGAAUGCUCUGCUCCUGGGGAGCAACCCAAGUUUUUGGGCAUUCGUGAACAGCGGGUGACAGGGCUAAUGAUUUUUAUUCUAAUGGGCCUGUCUGUGUUCAUGACUUCAGUACUAAAGUUCAUUCCAAUGCCUGUUCUAUAUGGCGUUUUCCUUUAUAUGGGAGUUUCCUCAUUAAAAGGAAUCCAGUUCUUUGACCGUAUUAAGCUGUUUGGCAUGCCGGCCAAGCACCAGCCCGACCUGAUCUACCUGCGUUACGUGCCGCUCUGGAAAGUGCACGUCUUCACCGUCGUCCAGCUCACCUGCCUGGUCCUCCUGUGGGUGAUAAAAGCCUCCGCCGCUGCAGUCGUUUUCCCCAUGAUGGUUCUUGCAUUAGUCUUUGUUCGCAAACUCAUGGACCUGUGUUUCACAAAGAGAGAGCUUAGUUGGCUUGAUGAUCUCAUGCCAGAAAGUAAGAAAAAGAAAGAAGACGACAAAAAGAAAAAAGAGAAAGAGGAAGCUGAGCGAAUGCUCCAAGCUGGUGAAGACACUGUGCAUCUUCCAUUUGAAGGGGGAAGCCUCCUGCAGAUUCCAAUGAAGGCGCUAAAAUACAGUGUUGAUCCCUCAGUUGUUAACAUAUCAGAUGAAAUGGCCAAAACUGCACAGUGGAAGGCACUGUCCAUGAACACUGAGAAUGCCAAAGUACCCAGACCUAACACGAGCCCUGAAAAACCUGUAAGUGUGAAAAUAAAUUUUGAAGAUGAACCAAGAAAGAAAUACCUGGAUGCUGAAACUUCCUUAUAGAUUUGAACCAAGAGGAAUCAUAUAUAUAGAUAGAUUAGAUACAUAUACAUAUAUGUGUGUGUGUAUGUAUACGGUGUGUGUUUCGCGUCACUAUAUAUAACAAUAUUGUAUGUCGUGCCCCUUAUGCGUGACUACUGGGGUUUUUUCCUAAAGUAAUGUCUGAAGUUUGUUAGGAGCAUCAUGGAGACUGUGUUUGUAAUGAAAUGGUCUCUUGGAAGUGAGGUACAUGGUUCUUAAUCAAAUAUUUAUUUUUCUGUUGGAAGGUUUUUUUUUUUCUGUUCUGCAGUAGAAAAAUGUGGGGAAAUGCAUUGUCUUUUCUUUAAAUCUAUUCUUUUAAAAAAUAAUCUUUAUUUAAAUCAGUAGCAGAUCAUACCAACCUUAAGUGAUACGUGUUUUGUCGAUACUUUUACAUGUUUUCCUUGAGCUGCUAGGAAUGUGCCCACACGGCUUCCCUUCUGCUCGUGCAGUGAGGGGCGAGCAGGGCGCUGUGCCCGCGCUGGGGUGCGGAGGCCGCUGCGCCCCUCGUCCCGUGCGCGCCCGUCACGUUUCACAGCUGAUGGGGACCUUCUGGCUGCGGGGGUGCAGCAGGGGGACUUUCUAGAUCAGACCUACAGCUUUCACCUUUAUAUUUUUGAAAUUUAUUUUAAACCUUAAAACCUGCACAUCUAGGUUUCCAUUCUGAUAAACAGGUAAAAUUGCAAGUGGUUUUAUAAUUUAACCCUCAUUCCAGUCAUUAGUUAAUGAAUUUUAAAAGCUAUAAAAUACCAGCUUAAACUAGUUAAACUCUGUUGCCUUUAUAGAAUUUUUUUCUGAAUCCUAAUACCCUUUUAGAGCCCCAUAUGCCCACUCUGUUCUCUACCUUUGCUGUCUUUUAUGUAAAAUGUGGUUUCAUUUGUAUCAGGUUCAAGUUCUUGAUUAUUUUUCUGUAAGUAUGAUUAAAUAAUCAGGAGUCAGAAUUCUCUUAAGUGGGUUAAUGAUCAGUAUUACUUUAUUAAGAAUUACCUUUCAUUUUCUCUUUACGUUGUUCUUUCUGCUGUAUAGGUAAUAUUUAAUAGAUUGUUAUCUGUGAUUUCAAGAUAUUUAAUUUAUUUUAAUUGAUAUGAUGCUUAAAUGUUAUAUAAACAUUUGAAAAGAUGACACAUAUAGAGUAAAUUUAAUGUAGAUAGUUGGUGCUCACUUGCAUUUAUGGUUUAUUAUCUGAAAGCAGUUGAUAGAUUUUACAUCUUUGAUAUAAAGCACUGCCCUAUUUGUAUUUUAAAAGAAAUUUAGACUUACUAUGUAUAUAGCUCAGAUUAAUGACAUUCUUCCUAGUUUGUGUUUGUGUGUUUUAUUUAGAUUUUGAUUUUCUGAGCUGUCUUUUUAACUUCUAGCAAAUCUUUUUAGUCAUCUUUUAUAUACUUUUUAGCUCCAUAUGAAAUAAAUAAAUGUUGUUCUUGUUAAGCCUGUAGGACUGGAUGAAUGGGGUUGUGAAACUGAUUUGGCAAAAGGAUGAUUUUUAAAAACCAAACAAGUAUUGAGGAGCCACUGAAAUACUGAAAAUAAUAACAUGAAUGUUAGGAUGAAAAUUUCAAUGAAAUUCCAAUGCUCUCUUUAAUCAGUUCUAAUCAAAGUACAAAAGUAUGAAGAAUUGAUCUUAUAGAAGAGCAUGAGCGAUGCCCAAAGCUGAUGUUUUAGCAGUUCUAGCAAUCCAUUCCAAACUACUUAACAUGAAAUUUCCACAUCUAAGACCAUGGUACCCAAUUCUAGUUAAAAUAAUGGAUUCACUGUCUGCCUCAUGGGAGGCUGGAAAUGUAACUCAUUUUCUUUAGCAAGUGUAGCUGGCAUCUUUUGGUGCCGCCUGAAGAAGAGAUGCAGUGGUACUUGGUGAGAGAGUGUUACCCAUGGUGCUUGUUACUGUUAUGAGCUUCCAGUGAAGUGAGUCCUUUUUGUUCAUAGCAGCAUAAUCCUUUCCAAAGACCCCAGUAUUUGCUGCUGUAAUUUUGUAAACUUCCCUGAUUAACCUGAACAAGACGAUUUCCUCACAUCAUUUCCUUGGGUCUGGACGUCAUAGGGGUAACAAAAUGUGCUUAUUUUACAGGAAGUAAUUUUAAAAUUUAAACUGAAAACUACUUGGGAUCAUAGUGUUUAUGUGAUUUUGUUUAAUUAUGAAAACUAGUUGUCCAGUGUCCGAAAAACCAUGACUUGCAGAAUGCUUUGCACUCCAUGUUUUUACUAUUUUUAAUUGUAAAAUAGUUUCUGCUUUCUUUUGACUACUUGACUUACAAAAUGAUCUGAUAUGACUACUCCACUGAAAAGCAAAGCUAAUUCAUGUUUAAGUAAUAGCUUGUUUUAUGUGGCUAUGAUAUUUUCCCACUGUUUUUGGAAAAUGACCAUCAUGGAUAGCAUUCUUUGAAAGAUAGUGAAAACUAUAAUUUAAUACAUAUAUUGAUUUUUAAAUGUUGCCUUAAAUGCAUAUAGAUGAGCAGUAGUGAUUGCUAUGUACUGAUUUACCUCAAGGUGCAAAAGUAUUAAUAAACCUGUGCAUAUUCCACUUAUAAAAUAAAUUCAUAGAAACAGCCCUGCACUUCCUCAGAUGCCUUGGUUUCCAGGACAGAGCUCAGAGCUGCUGAGUACCCGGGCUGCGGGGCCACUCAGGACAUUCUUUCUUCCACCUGUUUUAUUUAUUAUAGACAUCUGUUUACAGAGACUAGUACCAUCCUCAUGUUGACCAUCUGAAAUUUAGUUUCUUUUGAAUGCUAUUUCACUCUAAAAUUGCAGCUUUGGGGAAGACAAUGAACUCUAGUUACUUCCUUGUGAUAAAAGGAUGAUGCUCUAUAUUCUCUAAUACUAGAUACACAAAGUGAGGUGCAUGAUCUGUCUAACGGGUGUUGUAUAGUGUGAGUGUGCCUGUGUGAAUGAUAUGGUCAAUCAUAAAUCUCUCAAGUUGUUUUAAAAAGCUGUGGCAUAUCAUUGUUCAUAUUUGCCAAGUCUAUAAAAUGUGUAGGACAAUUUUUUACGUGCUAAUGCAUGUAUUUAUAAAGCAGAUUUCUUUACCACUCAAAAUUACUAACUUUGUUUUAUUCAUCUAAAAAUACAUUUCUGUUUCUUCCACAUACCCAAAGUUUAUGUAUAUAUGUAAUAGCUUUAUAACCUUUUCUUUUCACAAAAUGUAGGUUCAAAAUUCUGUAAAAAGAAAAAUGGUUUCUGAAACAGAGGUAUGACACCAGAGCUUGCCGGUUUUAAAGGAUUGUAUCAUGUACAACAGUUAUGUAAAUGUGCUCACCAGUGUAACAUGUGAAUCCUGUUUUAAAAUGCUCAGAUUUCGGAUGUAUAAGCCAUUGAUAUAACAUUGUAAUUCAAAAAUGUUUAAAUUAAAUAAUUUAAUGUUUUAAAUUUAUUUAUGUAGGUCACAUCAUUGUUAUCAUAUGCAAUAGAACUAUGUGAACUGUUUUUUGGUUUAGUCCAACAACUAUUUAUUUUUUUAGAAAGUUAAAGACUUUAAGGACAUUCAAAAUUUUAAAUAGUGUUCAUAAUUCAGAACUUGGCAAUUUUAAUGUAAAGUUGGUUCUUUUCUAACUUCAAAAAGUAAUGUAAGUGUCAAUAGUUGGAAAUGGAAUCACCUAAAGAUCAUUUUUUAAAAUUUAAUUAGCAUAUAUUGACUUCUGCAGUUGACUUAGAGUAUUGUUAACAGUUGUUUUUUUAAUCAGAUUUUUGUGCAUUGAUUGAUUUUUGUGUUGUGGUUUUUCUUUUGUUACUUUCAUAUUAAAAGGUUUUUUUUUGGUUGUUUUGUGUGGGGGGGUUAUCUUCCAGUGUUUGCUCCAUUUAAAUAAAUAGAAAUUGAAUUUUAUUGUUCAUUUAUACAGUAUUUGAUAGCUUCGUAUAAUAAGAACAGUACAGUUCUAAUUUUUAUGACUUUUAUAAUUAUCAAUACAGUGAUAUUUUCUAUUAUAAUAAAAUCCAAAGUAAAUUAAGCAUUUAAAAUGUAGAACUGAUAUUUUUAAUCUAUAUGAAGUACAAGUAUCUACCAGUCUAUAAUGUGAAUAAUCCUGCUUUUCAAAUCUGUUUCAUAAUAUUAGAAGAAAACUAUUUUUUUGGAGAUGUUAUUGAAGUUGGAAGAGCAAUAAAAGUCUACUGAAUCAGUCA